GCGCCCUUCAUUGCCAUGCACUCUGUUCUGUGUUAGCACUCUUUUGCACAUGUAGUGUCCAAUUGGAAAAGCAUUAGUUUCAUCCUUAUUAGACCAUCCUAUUUUCCUGUGGUUUCUCUAAUCGAUCUAAAGGGCUAUCUUCCAGCUUUUGUCUUUGUUGUUAAGGGGUCUGUUUGUUUCCCUAGAAAAAAAAACCUGGGUGCCAUACAUGAACACCAAAGACUGUUCUCAAGGUUUUUGUAGCUUGUAUUGUCCACAAUGGUGUUAUAUCGUCUUCUCUCCUCCACCUCCUAUGGGAUUCCCUCAUGAUGAUUCAGCCUCUAAUUUCUCCCCUCUUAUGAUUACAAUCAUUGGCAUUUUAGCCUGUGCUUUUAUUCUACUAAGUUACUAUACCAUAAUAUAUAAAUAUUGUGGGAAAAAUGUGAGGAGGAGAGAGGUUCAUGGAAGUGGUGGUGAAAUGUUGGACGACAAUCACAACCCAUCUACUCAUGAGCCAUGGCAGGCUUCAUCUACCGGUUUGGAUGAGGCUCUCAUCAACUCCAUUACGGUUUGCAAAUACAGAAAGGGCGAUAACUCGGUCGAAGGAACGGAUUGCUCCGUUUGCCUCAACGAGUUCCAACAAGACGAAAGUUUAAGGCUCUUGCCUAAAUGCAGCCAUGCUUUCCAUGUCCAUUGCAUUGAUGCAUGGCUUAGUUCUCAUUCGAAUUGCCCUCUGUGCCGUGCUAGUAUAACCUUUGUUAGCGCUCCACCGGUGACGGAACCCCCUCCCAGCAAUGAACUUUCGCAGGACGAAAACGUAGCAGCCGCCGCAAAUGAUGUAGGCAACGCUCAAGGAAGGAACGCCGUGAUCGAGAUUCGAGACGAAGGUCAUCAGCAUAUGAGAAGAUCAGUUUCCAUGGAUCAUUUACAUCAAACCCAACUUUCAGUUGCUGAUAUUUUGCUUAUGAAUCAAGACGAAGCGUGCCAGUUUGCAUCGGUUAUCGCUGGAUCAUCGAAACAAUCCACAGAAGCCAGUAAGAAUAGCAAUAAAACGAGGGUCUUGCACUGUGUGAUGAACCCUGUUGCAAUGAAGCGAUCCUUUUCGAGUGGUAGAUUCUUUCUUGCUAACCAAGGAAGAUCAAGAGAUCCUUCUAUUCCCUUAUAAAUCUAAAGCAAACCCUUUUUACAUAAUCCAAUCAUAUUCAUAGCAGUAUAAUCAUCUAGAGAUAAAGAGAGAUUUUGUAUCACUGUCAUCCUGUGAAAAUCAAAAGAUAUCUCAAUGCUUUUUUUAUUAUCUA